AUGUCCUCACUUGAGUUUCAAGUGGAGAGUCAUAUUUCAACUAAGCAGUUGAACCACCAAUCGGUUUCGUUAGUGAUCCCUAGACUAACAAGAGAUAAGGUCCAUCAUGUGCUGUAUUAUAAGGUGAACCUUGAAGUAGGAAGCCUGAGGGGUGACACAAUGCUGCAGUUGAGCAAGGUACUGAUACGUGAUUUGGGUACCAUAAAGGCCAAUACUUUGAAUCAAACGCACAUUCUGGGUGGGGUGGAAUUCAAGUGUCUACUGAUGAAACUGGUCGAGAUAAGACCUACUCGGGAGCAAUUAGUAUACAUCCUGGAAACACAAAACAAGACGUUUGAUGAUAAGUACAUCGUGGCAUUAAUUUUAACUUACAUUAGGAUACAGUAUUUUUACGUGACUCUACAUGACGAACUAGCUCGAAAAUGGAGGGAGUUAUUUAAAACAUACAUGAAAGAUUUUAGAAAGUUGAAAGCAGUUGACUUUGAACAGGAUUGUUGGUCUCAGUCGCAAAAAAUCAACGUGAAGGUGACACAUUUGGAUGAGUUAAUAGACUGGUUGGUAACAGAAACUCAAAUAUGGGGGAUUCCCUUGGGUAUGUGUCAAUGGUGCAACAUUUAUAAUGACAGUGACGAUAGCGACGAUAGCGAAGAGAGUGAAUAA